AUGGCGAUAGAAGCAAAUAAAAAUAUAUACGCAAGUUGUGCUCACAUAAAACGAGUGAAACCUGAUGCUCGUGUUACUGAAGAAAUCGCUAAAGACAUUGGUCAAAACUAUCGGACAUUACCAACUUUCGAGAAAGGACUAUUCGAUUACAUAUACAUGGACCAUUACUCUUUGGAACGUAAUGAACUACUGAAAUGCCGCUGGUUGAAGUAUAAGAAACACAUUGAAGAGCGUGUGUUUGCACCUUUUCAAUUUCCUUGCAUUAGAGAUUUACAUUUUUACAACGGCUGUAUUCGAUUCUUACCCGCCGAGUCGAUAUAUCGAUAUCCCGAACAUCGGAUGAAGCUAAAGCCGGGGCCCGGCGUCGACUUCCGGGGCCAGAUGCCUAUCCCUCAAGAACUUUUAAUGAAACGAGGCAGAAUUGAAAAGGAAAAUGGAAUUAAAUUGACUAAAAGCAAAAAAAACACA